AUGUGUAUAAGAGACAGCCUUAUUUUUUGCGAAUAUAAUUCCGAAUAUGGGUAUUCUAGCAUAUGGACGCUUCCUGUUCCAAAUAUUGAGGACGCAGAAAGUGACCCUGUACAUGUAUUUGAUGUGCAUACAAUUAGUGAUAUUGAUAGUAACGGAUCUCAUAUCUAUGCUGUUUCAAAUGGAAGAGUCUACGAUAUUAACUUGUCCACAGGAAUGACUAUAGAGAUGACCUACGACUUUUACAUUCGUUCACUCCUCAUAGUGCCAGGAAUAUCAGAAAUUCCUCUCGGAGUUUCUUUAAUCAGCCCAAUGCCCACACCAGAAAUUGCAUCGGAUGAAGUGAAUUCUAUUGACCCACGCUUACCUGAUGUUGCAGCCGAUGUUACUACUGCUCACUCCCGUGAAUUGCCUUUAGUGAGUUCUAUAUUUCCACGUUCACCUGUCAGUGCGACCGAUGAUUUGACUGUUAGAGUAACAGCGACGACAAGAACAAGAGACCCUCUUUCCAGUGAAUUGUCUUCAGUCGCUGUUUCGUCAACGCCAGAAUUUCCAUCUGAAGAAUUGAGUUCUAUUGAUCCGCGUUUAUCUGACAGUGCAGCCAAUGGUUUGCCAGUUACAGUAACAACGACAACAAGAACAAGAGACUCCCUUUCCAGUGAAUUGUCUUCAUCAACACCUGAAUUUCCAUCUGAAGAAGUGAGUUUUAUUAAUCCGCAUUCAUCUGACAGUGCAGCCGAUGUUUCGUCAGCUAGAGUAACAACAGCAAUCCCAACAACAGAUCCUCAUUCCAGUGAAUUGUCUUCAAUCGCUGUUUCAUCGACACCUGAGUUUCCACCUCACGAAGUGAGUUCAAUUGGUCCACGUUCAACAGAUAGUGCCACCAACGCUUCGUCAGCUGGAGUAACUAGGACGAUAGGAACAACAGACCCUACCCCCAGUGAAUUGUCUUCAAUCGCUGUUUCAUCGACACCUGACUUUAUAUCUGACGUAGUGAAUAAUACUGAUCCACGUUCACCUGACAGUGUAACCGAUGCUAGGGCAACAGCUGCAUCAACAACAGACACUCCUCUCAGUGAAUUUUCUUCAAUUCCGCUUUCAUCUACACCUGAACUUCCAUCUGAAGAAAUGAGUUCCAUUGAUCAACAUUCCUCUCCUAGCAGUGCAUCCGAUAGAAUGUACCUCUCUGCUGAUGGCAAUAUUGCUGGAGAGACACUAACUUCAUGGAUUACGUCACAAGAAACGGAUGUUCUACACCAGUUAGACAGCUCUUCAAGUGACAGUUACUUUUCAUCAGAUUUAAAAUCAGUCUACUCAACUGCCUCAUGGAUAAGGAAUGUAACACACAUUCGAAAAAACAUCGAAACAGAAACUAACCAAUCAGUUUCCGCUACUGUAAAAGUUCCACUGAAUAAAGGUAACCUUGCAAUUGUAAUAAUCUAUAUGGAAAGUGAUAUUGUUGCUACCGGUCUUGGAAAUGAUGUGCAGUUAGAUGACACAACAAGUGAAGUUCUUCAAAGAUCUACGUAUCUUAUUAGUGGUUUGCUCUCAAUCAGUAUUUAUGGGACGAAUGACAGCAUAGAUACACACGUGGAAUUUAGCCUUCCAAUAAUAAAUAAAUCAUUGAACUAUGACGAAAAGCCCGUCUGUGGUUUUUAUGACACUGUAUCCAGCAAGUGGUCUAUAAGGGGAUGCGAAGUACUUAAUGUUUCAGAUGAGAUAGUUCAUUGUUUUUGUUCACAUCUUACAAGUUUUGCUGUGUUGGUGCAGAUAUCAAAUCACCAGUUGCCCCCAUAUCACGAAGUCUUAAUUUCUCGGAUUACAAUUAUUGGACUAAGCUUGUCGGUUGUGACUUUGAUAAUCAAUCUGCUGAUCUACAUGGUGUUAAGGCUUGACAAGAAGUCUAAGCGUCAUAAGAUCCAUAUUAACCUCAUCAUUUGUAUGAUUGGUGUCGACAUAAUUUUUCUCACCGCCAUUAACAAAACAGAGAAUAAGCUUUCAUGUAAGAUUGUGUCAAUGCUCUUGCAUUAUCUACUCCUCUGCAUGUUCAUGUGGAUGCUUGCGGAAGCAAUUUACCUUGUCGUCAAAGUGAUCAAGAACGCUCUUAACAAAUAUAAGUUGAAGCACUACAUACUGGUGUGUUACACAAUGCCAGCGUUCAUCGUUACUUUGGUAGCUGCAAUCAGAUACGACUGCUAUAUGACAGAAAACUUGUGCUGGCUCAGCAGACACUGUCGCUUAGCUCUUGUGAUUCCGGCCCUUGCAAUCACUGGGGUGAACAUAAUUGUACUGGGUAAAAUGAUUUAUGUGAUCUAUACACGGUCUGGAUCAAUGCUGAGGAAGCCACCCAAGAUUCAAAAGGAAUAUAAGCAGUUAAGGGCUGCUGUUAGAGGAAGCUUCGUACUUCUUCCUAUACUUGGUGUGACGUGGAUUCUGGGACCCUUCGCCGUUCGUUCAGAUAGUCUAUAUAUUGUUUACUUAUUUAAUAUCUUAAACUCAUUACAAGGAGUGUUCGUAUUUGUGGUUUGCUGCUUGCUGGACAAUGAGGUUAAGGAAGCUGGAAGAAAAUGGAUCGUAAGAAAUAUUAGAUGCAAGAAUAUGAUCAACCACUCUGCAAGACGCCAGCACAAUGUAUCAGCUUCAAUGGACUUUUACGGAGUGUAAAGUAGCUCAACAACUGAUCAAUCAGAACAGAGUCAGGAACACGCGCACGUCCUACAAACACACUACACGUGUUUACAUACGCUUAC